UGCUGGGCGGGGCCGGGCUCGGGACUAGCGGCGCGGCUGCAGGAACUGUGCGAGGCUUUGCGGGGCUGCGAGGCGCUCGGGCCCGCGGAGAGGCCGUGCGCGCUGAGUCGACCUCCGCGGCCACGGCGCUGCUCGUCCUGGGUGACGUCGCGCCUUGGUCCCCAGCAUGACCGAGCUACGGCAGAGGACUGUCCACGAGGACGCACCGCCUGAGGACAAGAUGAAAAAGAUGAAGUCCAAGAUGACUUGAUUUCUCCCAGGAUCAUGGCUUGUGCUGUUUGUCUUGUUCCCAUGUCGUCUUCUUCCUGAGAUGAAGAGUGUCUUGUUUAGAAGGAAUUGGAGUCAGAAGCGAAGAUAGAUGGAGAGACUGCAUCAGACAGUGAGAGCCGAGCAGAAGCAGCUCCCCCACCAGCCUCCAUAGAUGACACCCCAGAGGUCCUUAACAGGGCCCUUUCCAACUUGUCUUCAAGAUGGAAGAACUGGUGGGUGAGAGGCAUCCUGACUUUGGCCAUGAUUGCUUUUUUCUUCAUUAUCAUUUACCUGGGACCAAUGGUUUUGAUGAUGAUUGUGAUGUGUGUUCAGAUUAAGUGUUUCCAUGAGAUAAUCACUAUUGGCUACAAUGUAUACCACUCCUAUGACCUGCCCUGGUUCAGGACCCUCAGCUGGUACUUUCUUCUGUGUGUAAACUACUUCUUCUAUGGCGAGACAGUGACGGAUUACUUCUUCACUCUGGUCCAAAGAGAGGAGCCCUUGCGAAUUCUUAGUAAAUACCACCGAUUCAUUUCCUUUACCCUGUAUCUCACAGGGUUCUGCAUGUUUGUGCUGAGUCUAGUUAAGAAGCAUUACCGACUGCAGUUCUACAUGUUUGGCUGGACCCAUGUGACCUUGCUUAUUGUCGUAACCCAGUCACAUCUUGUUAUCCAUAACUUGUUUGAAGGAAUGAUAUGGUUCAUUGUUCCCAUUUCGUGUGUCAUCUGUAAUGAUAUUAUGGCCUAUAUGUUUGGCUUUUUCUUUGGUCGGACUCCGCUCAUUAAGCUCUCUCCGAAGAAGACCUGGGAAGGCUUCAUUGGGGGCUUCUUUGCCACUGUGGUGUUUGGCCUUCUGCUCUCCUAUGUGAUGUCUGGGUACAGAUGCUUCGUCUGUCCUGUGGAAUACAACAAUGACACCAACAGCUUCACGGUGGACUGUGAGCCAUCUGACCUCUUCCGCCUGCAGGAGUACAACAUCCCUGGAGUGGUCCAGUCGAUAGUUGGCUGGAAAACAGUGAGGAUGUACCCUUUCCAGAUCCACAGCAUCGCGCUCUCCACCUUUGCCUCCCUCAUCGGUCCCUUUGGAGGAUUCUUCGCAAGUGGAUUCAAACGAGCCUUUAAAAUCAAAGACUUUGCCAAUACCAUCCCUGGUCAUGGAGGCAUCAUGGAUCGCUUUGACUGCCAGUACCUGAUGGCCACCUUUGUCAAUGUGUACAUUGCCAGCUUUAUCAGGGGCCCAAACCCGAGCAAACUGAUUCAGCAAUUUCUGACGUUGCGGCCAGAUCAGCAGCUCCACAUCUUCAAUACGCUCAAGUCUCACCUGACUGACAAGGGGAUUCUGACCUCUGCCUUGGAAGAUGAGUAGUGUCCACCCAGGGCCAGGAGAGCCGGAGCAGGACUGAAUGAGAGGGGCAGGUCACCAAGGCCAGCCCAAAUGCUGUGACUUAGAUAAUGAAAAGCUAGAACUCACUGUCUUUUUUUCCCUCCCUUUUAAAUUUGUGAGUUUUGUUUUUUAAAAAUCUGUAUAUACAGUCUGUUUAUAGUGUGGGCUGUGAGUAAGUUAUAGCUUUGAGUUGCAAAGAAGUCACAGGGAAGAACCAUUUGGGUUUCUUAAAUACAGGUAUUGAACAACAUGAAAGACAGUGUUGCCCAGCUCUGGGUCUGCUUGGUGGUUCUAACCCCCACCCAUCUAGUUUCUGGGCUAUCUGAGAGGUUCAUCUAACUAGUAGAGAGACUCUCCCACCUGCACAGCUUCAUGGCCUCAUUGCUUUUGCUUGACACCUUUCACUGGGGCUUCUGCAGCAUCCCUGCUGGGAGCAGUGGAGGGCUGCCCUCUGUAGAACUGAGGGGGGAGGCUUACUGAUCAGAUAAGCGUCUAAAAUCCUGCAGAGGGCACAGGAGCUCUGCUCCUAGUGUGCGUUCACCAUACAGACUGAAAGAAGAUUUCAGGCUUCAUUUUUCUCAGAAAGUGUGAAGAAUUGAUGAACUCUGAAAGAGAACCCCACACUGUAGUGUUUCAGGUAUAAGCAGUAGAAUGCACUGUCACAGCCUUCCCCACCACGCAGACUCCAAGGACUUCUGGAGGAGGUCCUGCAGACCGUGUCUUUCAGAGCUGAGGCCCUCACAUUUGUGCUGUGGGUUUGCUGCUGCUGAAUUCAUCUGGGGACUUGUGAGGGGUGGGGAGCAGAGAGCUUUGGUUCAUGUACCCCUUGCCUAGAAGCCCACUUGUGUUGCUGCUGUGUUGUGUACAUAGUACUCUUGAGGUGAGUGUGUGUCUGUGUGUUUAGAAGUCUCUUGUUUCCUACGUGGUUUCAGUCAUAUCCUGACUUCCUCACAGAGUCCCUGAGUCCUGCUCGGUACUACGGCAAGGCUAAUCUUCUCAAGGCUCAUUGUAUACUUUUUAUGAAAUGUGACCAGUGUAGAUGUAGUUUAUAUGUUUCUGGGACCUCUUGCUGUUGUUUGUGUAAGCUGUGAUUGUUCUUUUCCUUCCUAAGCAUAAGCUGAAAUUGAUAAGUUGAGAGGCUGGAUCUUUGUCAGACCCAGGCACAGGUGGCAGAGAAAGAACUUGUCCCCAAGCAUGUUAACACCAUGGCCAUAGUGUAUCCACUGCUGAGGAGGGUGCCAGACUUGCUUUAAGCACAUUGGUCUGUGCCAGCUUGUUUUCAAGUUAGCCUUUCUAUCUCCUCCAAUAAACAGACAGCUCUCAGAGUGUCUGUCGUGCGCCACCAUGCGCCCCACAUGGGAGUGAGGGUGGAACGGCUUUUUGGCUCUGAGCUUCGACUUCCACGUCAGCCUUGUGGCUUUUCUUUCUCAGCUCCCAGGGCUGCAUUGAACUCCCUGAUGCCUUGGGUUUGGGUUGUGUGGCCUUGGCUGGGAAGCUUUGCUCUCAGGGUUCUCCUUUUCUGACUUACCCUGGAAGUUCACCAAUUCUGUAACUCUCCAGAGAAGUUCCUGUCACUAGAGGCCCCUGUUGCUAUUGAGUCAUUGUCUUAGGCACCCAAAAAAGGAAAUACACUCGGGUGUAUUUUACAAAUGCUCUUAGGACGAGUCAGUGUCUUCUUAAGAUUUUCAGUGGUAGUUAGGAACGAGACUGUACUUUUCUGACUGAAAAUGACCUUGGUUCACCAGACUAGAUAGAGAAGGCACUCCAGUCCCCAGCAGCCAAGACUCACUCUUGAGCAGCAGCAGUUGAGGGGGUGGUUGCUGGUGCCUAAAACACUGAAAGUCAGUGCUCACUGGAGCUGCCAGCCAGAGGUCUUUAUUCUUUUGUGAGUUCCUGGGAAACAGGAGAAUUUCCCAGUCAAGUACCAGGAGAGCAGUGUCACUGUGUGUCUGUACAACAUGUUGUUUGUCCCAUUAAGUAGGCAGGAUCCGAGAGACUACUUUAACACGUACCGUGCAGGUCUCAGUGGCUCACAUAACUUGCUUUACACUCAUUUUGUCAGAAAUAAAAUUUUUGUGCCUUUCCUUGUCAUGAA